CAGCACUGACUCUGAGGAUCUAUCAGUGUGGAGAAUAAACUAUAGAGUUAGAGCUGAGAAAUUUACAUUUACGAAACUACACAAUGAUGAAAAUCCUGAUUUUCCUCGGAUUUUGUGUUCAUCUGCCUGCAGCAGUCACACACAUUCUGCAGUUCUUCUACACUGGAGUCACACCAGGAAUAAAUUUCCCAGAAUUCACUGCUCUCAGUCAGCUGGAUGGAGUGCAACAUGAGUACUAUGACAGUAAGAUCAGGAAGAAGAUCCCAAAGACGGAGUGGAUAAAGAGGAUCAACGCUGUUGAUCCAGGUUACUGGGACAGAUACACACAGGUGCUGCAGGAAAAUGAGAAGAUCUUCAAAGGCAAUGUGGAUAAACUGAUGCAGUGCUUUAAUCAAAGUAAAGGAUUUCACACAGUGCAGGUGAUGUACGGAUGUGAGCGUGAUGAUGACGGCACCACUAGAGGAUAUUUUCAGUACGGUUAUGAUGGAGAAGAUUUCAUCAGUCUGGAUCUGAAAACUCUCACAUGGAUCGCUCCGACACCUCAAGCUCUGAUCACCAAGAACCAGUGGGAUAAUGCUCCUAUUUUGAAUGAGUGCGUGAAGAACUACCUGGAGACAGAGUGUAUCGAGUGGUUAAACAGACACCUGUCUUAUGGGAGAGAGACUCUGGAGAGGAAAGAUCCUCCUACAGCGUCAGUGUUCCAGAAACACUCUUCUCCAGAGGUGGUGUGUCAUGCUACAGGUUUCUUCCCCAAAACCGUGAAUAUCACCUGGCAGAAGGACGGAGAGGACGUGCAUGAGGACGUGGAUCUCGGAGAGACUUUACACAACCAGGAUGGAAGCUUCCAGAAGAGAAGCAUUCUGACAGUCUCAGCUGAGGAUCUGCAGAAACACAACUACACCUGCGUGAUUCAGCACAGCAGCUUGGGGGAGGAGAUGGUGCUGCGUGAGGAGGAUAUUCGAAUCCUGAAUCCUGGUGGAGGAUCAGGUGGAGCUCCGAUCGGUAUCAUCGUUGGUGUAGUCGCGGCUCUCGUUGCUCUCGCUGGUGUUGUUGGUUUUCUCAUCUGGAAGAAGAAGAGGAGGUCUGGUGAGACGAGCACAGGAUUUCAAACUGUUCCACAGAACUCCUCACCACCAUCUGAUGAUUCUUCCUCCAACAACUCUUAAAGUGGACUGUGUGUGUUCCCGCUGCACUGAGAAAGAGAGAGGAGGAGAGGGAGAUGAGGACCACAAAGAACAAGAACCGGGAUCUUCAGAUCUGAUCCGUGUUGAACAGAUUGGACUAAAGUGUAAAAGAACAGGAAGCGGGAUCUUCAGAUCUGAUCCGUGUUGAACAGAUUGGACUAAAGUGUAAAAGAACAGGAAGCGGGAUCUUCAGACGGUCCGUGUUGAACAGAUUGGACUAAAGUGUAAAAGAACAGGAAGCGGGAUCUUCAGACGGUCCGUGUUGAACAGAUUGGACUAAAGUGUAAAAGAACAGGAAGCAGGAUCUUCAGAUGAUCCGUGUUGAACAGAUUGGACUAAAGUGUAAAAGAACAGGAAGCGGGAUCUUCAGACGGUCCGUGUUGAACAGAUUGGACUAAAGUGUAAAAGAACAGGAGUGAACACAGCAGAAGCAGGAGUUCAUGCUGAUGAUCAGCACUCAAAGCUUUUCUUUUCUCCACACGGGGAAAACACAAAUCUACUAAAUGUCACGGCACUGACUCCAUUAUUUAUUACUGAACUCAGUUUAAAGCAAAAAAAAACAAUCCAUUCAACACGUUUUCACAUUUGUACGACCCAAAUCUCUCCCACAAUCCCUCUGUUCUGUCUGUAACAAUCUGAACCAAUAAUAAAGUCUGUUUUCUUCA